AUGUGGCUGCUUGCCACUAAGUCCAGUGGUACAAACACAAAAACAAAAGCAAGACACAAAACAACUCCCUCAACCCCUAAACUCCUGACCAAGAUGGAUUCUCCUAGGGAACUCAAACUCAUUCUCUACACCAGUCAAAGCAGAGAAGGCUGCUCUGAAGGCAAGGGGGAAGUGUUCCUCCUUGUUGAGUGCAGAAGUGAGCUGGGCAUUGACACCAGGAUAGAUGCAGUGGAUGGGCCCACUAUGGCAGAGGCUGAUGAGGCCUACAAGAGUGAGCAGGGAGCAAACAUAGAGGCACCAGCUGCAAUGGUGAAGAUGUCACACAUCAAGGUGACUUGGCCUGCAUGGAAGACAAUUGCAGAGAGCAAGGAUGAAGUCGAGGUUCCAAAGGUCACCAUACUGCCUGGGUCUAUCCUCCACAAGGAGCCCUGCAUGUGUUGUUUGGUGAAGAAGACCAUGUGCACAGGACUGGUGGGGCACACUUGUGAUGACUGCAUGUGCAUGAAGCAGGGGUGCAAGAGGUUGAUGAAGUCAGUGGGAAAGAAGGCACAAGUUGGCAUGUCGACUGUGCAGUCUUCAAAGUCCACCAAAGCCAGCUCCUCCAAGAGGGUUGCUGACAACAACAACAAUGAUGAGGUUGAGGUGGUCAAAAGCCACUUGCACAUGAAGGAGAAGGUGCUGGUGUGUGGCAUGCUCAAGAACAAGGUUGUGGCCAACCUUUUGCAAUUGCUGAGGCUGUUAUGGGCCAAGGCCAUGGAGUCACAGGCUGCAUACCUUCAACUUCAGGUGUGUGUCAAUCAGCUUGCCAAGGCACUGGAGAAGAUUGUGGUGGAGUAG